AAUCUUAAAAUCCCCAAAUGUACAACAAGGAUAUUCGAAAUUUCAAUUGCUCACAUUUCAGCUGUUGAGUCCAGAUCACAGACAAUUGCUCGAAGCACUGUCCUAACAUCAACAACUGUUCCUCUUCAAAUUCAAUUCAAUAGCUCAAAUCUGCGAUUAAUUCUUCCGAUUUUGAUUUUCUGAUAAAUAAAUUGAUCGUAUGGAGAAAAAAGAGAAUACAGACGAAAAAAAGGUGGAAGAAGAAGAAGAAGUAGAGGCAAUUGAACUUGUUCUUUUUCAUGUUUCCGAAUGCUACGUUUACAUGAUUCCUCCACGGAAAACCGCAGCUUCUUACAGGGCGGACGAAUGGAAUGUCAACAAAUGGACGUGGGAAGGCACUUUGAAAGUCAUUAGUAAAGGAGUAGAAUGCAUUAUUCGGUUAGAGGAUAAGUCAACAGGUGAAUUGUAUGCGCGGGCAUUUCUGAGAGACGGGGAGCCGCACCCAGUAGAGGCUGUUAUUGAUAGCAGCAGAUAUUUCGUUCUUCGGGUUGAAGAGAGCAUUGGCGGGCGCCUUCGCCAUGCUUUCAUUGGUCUCGGAUUUCGAGAAAGAACUGAAGCGUAUGACUUCCAAGCUGCCCUUCAUGACCAUAUGAAGUACCUGAAUAAGAAGAAAACUGCAGAAGAGAUGGAGCAACAGUACCAGCAAACAUCUUCAGUUGACUAUAGUUUAAAAGAUGGGGAGACUUUGGUGCUUCAGUUAAAAAAUAAAAGUGGGGGCGGCAUAAAAUCAAAGUUUUUCGAGCAGGGAUUUAAUAAUCUUUCGUUGGAGGAUAAUAAGACGAAAAACGGAGAAAGCUCGGUUAGUAUCAAACUACCUCCUCCGCCACCUGGACCCCUCUCCCCUGUUAUUUCUCCUGAAAAGUCAUCCUCGGAAGUUACUCUAAAACUUAGCCUAGACGAAAAGAAGGAAUCUGAGUCGGAAAAUAAUCUACCGGAUGAAUCGGAAUCUUCUAAUAAAAAAGAAGCACAAGAUAUACCAGAUGAUGAUUUUGGUGAUUUUCAAGCAGCAGUGUAGUGAUUUGAAAUAUAUUAGCAUAUACUUUGUUUGUGCUUGUGAGUGUGCACACUGGUUGAAUUUGUAUAUGAUGGUUUAUAUUUGUUUCUAUGUCUUAUUUUUCUUGUUUUCUUACAUUCCAACAGUUUGUUUUUCAUUCAUGUGACUAACUGGUGCAAGAAGAAAGACAUUCGAAGUUUAUGGGAUUUUUGCUGUCU